AUGGGCCAGGAAGCCUCCAAACCAAAACCCGGCACCCGCCUCCAAGUCAUCGGCGCGGGCCUUCCCCGCACCGGAACCGCCUCCCUUGCCAAAGCCCUCGAAAUCCUCCUCUCUGAAGACGACGGGGCCGGUGCCCCCGUCCACCACGGCGGCACCCAACUCACCCACGGCCCGGAAUCCGAGAUCCGCUCCUGGAUAACCUGCCUAUCCCACACGCCCACCCGUACCGCCGCCGACGAGAAAGUCGUCCUCGACACCCUGACCACACACUUCCACGACGGCUACGCGGCAGUCGUCGACGUCCCCGGAAUGCUCUUCACCGAGGAACUCGCCGCGCUGCACCCCGACGCCCUGGUCAUCUGCACCGUUCGCGAUCCGGAGGCGUGGGUGCGGAGUAUUCGACAGACGGGAGAGCGGAGCCUGCAGGCUUUUCUGUCGUUUGCGCUGUUUUGGCUGCCUACGAUGAGGUGGUUUCCGCAGUAUAUUGAUGCUAUUCCCAACGGUCGGUGGGGGGAGUUAUUUCCCCCCGAAGAAGGGGAUGGGGUGCUGCCUACGCGACGGGUGUGGGACUUGCAUCAGGCUUGGGUCAGGAGAGUUGUGGACGAGGAGAGGUUGGUGUUUUAUGAUGUUAAGGACGGGUGGGGGCCGUUGUGUGAGGCUUUGGGGAGGCCGGUGCCUGGUGUGCCGUUUCCUAGGGUGAAUGAUGGCGAUGCGAUUGAUAAGUUUGCGAAGGAGCAGAUUAUCAAAGGGUUGGUGAGAUGGGUUGUGGUGUUAGGGAGCGUUGCGGCUGUAGGUUGUGGGUGGUGGUGCACAAGGUGA